ACCACUUAAACCUACAAUUUACUCAACAAGUCCUGCAGAUAGCUGUAAUUGCUUAGUUGAAUAUUCGACAACCUAAUUCCAGUUGUCGAUUCGCUGCCCUUGGGAAGGUCCUUUGAAGUGAAAGUGAAAAGGGGGGAUUUCAGGAAAGUAAUUAAUUUCCACCGCGCGCGAUUAGAAACACUUCAGACCUCCUCAGCAUUUUAGUAUUUACGCCAAAAUGCCACAAUAUCUAGAAAAUUAAAGAAGACGUUCCUUUACUUUUUCUUGUCUCUCUCUUUCACACACACAAACACACACACUCUCCACUUUUUUUCUUUCUUCCCAAUGGCAGUGCCACCCAUGGGGAAGGGAAGGGACAGAAGUGACAGCAGCCGAUUCAAGCCUGUGAGAUUGUCAAUUAAACAAAUGGAACAGAGAGGAAGUGGUGAUUAGGCGUGUAAUGACAAGUGUUUUUUUAAUAAUAAGAGGGGGGGAAAAGAAAGAGGGGGCAACUGCUUUUUAAGAGUUAGAUGACUCAGAUUCCAUCCAUGCACCCUGACUGUGCUGCAGCCACCUUCAUAAGAUGUGUGUGUUAAAGAGGCUCAUUCCCUCCUUCAUCCAUGUGAAGAAGAGCAAUUGAAUUUUUUUUUUUUAGAAAAAGGCCUAAUUCCAUUUUGACACGUUCCUCAUUAGAAUAAACAAUAAUCCACCAAAUUAGACCAAUGAGCUCAGGCGGCAGGCGAGGUCACCACUCCGAGUUCAAACGCCCUUAAUAAAGAUAUAUAAUAAUAAUAAUGAAGAGGUGCCUUUUCUUUUCGAACUCGGGGUGGGAUUUGAGGGAGAGAGAAAAAAAAAAAAAUCGCUCAACACUGGGAUGCGCGUCCUGCUGCUGUUGCGCAUGCGCCACCGGCACUUUCACUACCUGCCACACAAAUCCUCGUAUUUCACAUGGGGCGAGCGGGAGUUGUCAUCCACUUGCGUAAACGCUGCUGCUGUUGACAGUCUCAGGCGACAGGACCGUGUGUUUUCUCCCUCCCUCCACCCCGCUUUGCUAAAGGCGCACAGGCUUUCGCUGAUGGAUGCCACCAUGGAGCAGAAAACAUAAGCUGAGCGCACGCAAGGACGCAGCCACUUGUACUUUUCAGUAGAUUGUACAACGGAGGGAUGAGGAACUGAACUCUUUCAAAUCGCUUUUGUGCCAACAUGUCUAAACCAAUGGAUCACGUCAAACGCCCGAUGAACGCUUUCAUGGUCUGGUCCAGAGCCCAGCGCAGGAAGAUGGCCCAGGAGAACCCCAAAAUGCACAACUCCGAGAUCAGCAAACGACUGGGAGCGGAGUGGAAACUUCUCACCGAGUCCGAGAAGAGGCCGUUCAUCGACGAAGCCAAGCGGCUGCGAGCGAUGCACAUGAAGGAGCAUCCAGACUACAAAUACAGACCGAGACGGAAGCCCAAGACUCUGAUGAAGAAAGAUAAGUUUUCCUUCCCCAUGCCCUACAACCUCGGGGAGCACGACGCGCUCAAAGUGAGCGGGCUUUCCAUGGGAGCGCUUUCCGACUCCGUCAUGGGGCACGCGGACAAGGCGGCGGCGGCUGCUGCGGCCGCGGCGGCGAGGGUCUUCUUCAACCCGUCCAUGUCCGCGAACCCUUACUCCUUUUUCGACCUGGGAUCCAAGAUGUCAGAGCUUUCCCAGCCUUCCUUUCAGUACGCGUCCCCGCUGGGCUACCCGCCGGGAGCCGCCGCGGCGUUCGCCGGGAGUGUAGGUGGCGGGACGCACGCCCACACUCACUCACACCCGUCCCCUGGAAACCCGGGCUACAUGAUCCCCUGUAACUGUUCGGCCUGGCCCUCAGCGGGACUCCAGCCGCCCUUAGCGUACAUUCUGCUCCCCGGGAUGGGGAAACCUCAACUUGAACCGUACCCGGCGUACGCUGCGGCGUUAUGAUAGGGCCAGUUUGGACUUCUAUAAGAAAUUCAUUCAAACAAAAAAGUUAUCCAUGCAAGAGUUUUAUUAUGCAUGCACAAACUUGUACAUGUGAUGAAGUGCUCGUCGUCUCAGAUAUCACAUGUGUAUGUACAUUGAUUAACGCCUUUAUCUAAGGUAAUGCUUAUUUAGAGAACUCUCUAAUCUAUUAUUACGCAGCCGUCCCCCUGUGUGCGCGCAGAGGGAGGACUGGAGGAUGGCACACACACACACACACACACGGCACACGUUGGAGAGGAAGGGGCAUCAGAACAAUUUGUGAAAACUCAUUUUGAAAGGUGGUCGAUUUCUACCGUUUUUUUUUGUUUUUGUUUUUGUUUUUGCAAGUUGCACCUGCUUGAGCCCGUUGGAACCGAGGGCUGCAGCCUGUAGCCUCCAAUGACACUGUCAAUCACGGGACCACCGCGUUUCCUCUCAGAUGUCAUGUUGUAGGGGUCUAAUUCAUGGAUCAAGGAGGAUUGUCACAACACCACCGCUCCAUCCUCUCUCUUGAGUGACUGUAAAUGUGUACAGAUAAAAAUGACUCUAGUUUAUUUGCCGUUAUAGGCUUAGUGUUUGAGACAUAGGGCCAGGAAACCUAGAAAUCCGGUGUAUAUUUUGAGUUUUUAAACCGUUUUAUAGAUGUCUGUAAUAUUUAUUGUUUAGUGGAAUCUAUGGUGAACCCAGACCUUUUCUUUUUUCUUUUUUUUUCUAAAGAGGACAAUACCAGUUCUGUAAUAUUUGCACAUGAGACGGAUGUAAUUUAUUUUGAAGGUGGUAUUCAAUUUCCAGUGCAUUGCAAACUUUCGGGUUUAAAGAAAAGUACAAACAUUUUAAAAAUGCAAAUGGGAGUUUAGCCUUCUCAAUUUUAUUUUUUUCUUGAUCCCUCACUCUACAACUCCUGGUAUCGUGUGCAGGAGGAGGAGAAGAAGAAGAAGACGAAGAAGAAGAAGAAGAAAAACAUUUUUAUCUAACUCUUAUGGAAUUUGUAUGUUUUUUUGUGUUUUCUUUAACCUCCGUUCUGUACUUCAAACCUAUUGCUACUGUUCACUUGUUGAGCAAAAAAAGGACUACACAAUAAAGCGUCUUCGGAUUGAUAAAAAAACAAAAAACGGAAGGGGAUCGCAGGCUGUAGUUCUUGGUGAGAUGAACAAGAUUGUUAUCUUUUCUCUUUCUCUGCUCCUCGGUCCAGGUGAAGUGUAAGGUAUCCUCCAAAGGCCGCUUUUGUCCGCGCUGUGAAUGGCAUCACUUGUGGUGGUGGGUGGGUGGUGGUGGGGGGGAGGAAAUCUAAAUCAGCCCAUUGUAAUCAAGAGCCAAAAAAAAAAAAAAAACCCCUUAUUUAUCACAAUUUUAAUCGUGAAUGGGGGAAGAUAAAACUCUUGAGCUUUCGCUUCCCAGGAAAAAAAAGGAGAGGAAGAAAGAGGGAGUACGAGAGAGAGAGAGAGAGAGAGAGAGAGAGGGAUGGAGAGAGGGAUGCUUUUGCUGCAGAACACUCGUCUUUGGGGCUUUAAAAAACAACCUGUGCGCUCCCAAGUCGGCACAAAAAAAAAGCGCAUUUACUUGGCCUAUAAUUAAAAAUGCUCACCUGUCCUGAGGGGGUGCACGCCCUCACGUGCACGACAGGUGCAUGGUGUGUGUGUGUGUGUGUGUUGCUGCGUGCACGUUGACUUUCACCACCAUUAGAUCUCUCGCGUAAUGCGCGUUAUUUAAGAACGUUCUCCUU